AUGUUAGCCAGGCCCGCGGACGGAAUCAGCUGCGUGGACGGGUCCGUCGAGUCCUUUUUUCGGGGAACGGUCUAUGGAAGCCUCUUUUCUGCGGUGAUGAUGCCACCAGGCGCGUCAACGACGAGCCUUGGACUUGCUCGUAGUUCGACAAGCCUCGAUCCACCUAUCCGGUUGCCGCGCGAAGGUAGCAGUAGCAGUUCGACAUUUGCGAGAGUGACACCAACUCCAUCUGCGCAUGUUCCUGCUGCUUCGACAAUCAAUCCGACCACCGGCACAGCGGCUCCGACCGCUGCCGUCUCCUCUACUACGACCAGACUUCAUGUUGUCGCGCAAGACGCGCUGGAGCACGGCAACCGGCUUCCGACAGCAGCUAGUAGAACUAGAAGCUACUUAGCGUUACAGCGUGUUCGUCCAAGCAUCCACUUCGCAAAACGGAUUUCCCGGCACGGCCUCGGGUUCGGAUUCUGGGCGUUCGCCGCGAAUUUUGCGACCUGCACCCUGGAACGAGAGUGGGGACACGUCGUUCCGUUCCCCUUGAAUGCAAUCGUGGCUGGGGCCUUUUCUGGAGCGGUAACGGGAAUGGCGCUUCUUGAAACACCGCGGCGUGUCGCGCUUUACGCUGCCGGAAGUGCGGCACUGUUGACCGGACUGGAUCUUCCCGCGUUUCUGGCAGACGCGAUGCUUGCCGGAGAAGUUGAAAACUACGAGGACAAUGCGACACACGGCGACAUUUCAUUUUCGACAACUGUAACUUCCAAAGUCGUGACUGGAGUAAAGGAUGCCGUAGAACGAAGAGAAGGAAGGCAUAAUCCUGACUGA